AUGGACGAUGAAGCGAUAAAUUUCAAAAUUUGCAACUUAGUUAACCAGAGAAAAGAACAAGCAAAGCACACGAGCCAACACUUCUUCAGCCAAAACGAACCACACAAGAAGAAGUUUUAUGCUAAAAUUCAUCAGGCCCACCAACCAGAUCAUCACCAAGAAGAUUACGUCUUGGCCAAGGAAAGUAUAUCAGACGAAUAUUUUGCCAUGCUUAAGCCGAAUGACAAGGGGCAGAAAAAUCCAGCCGUUAAAAAAGAUGACGCUGUAGGGGAAAGUGGCGGGGUUUCGCCCCAAGGGGAAGAAGUACCCUUGGAGGAGGGAGAACCCCUCACGGAGAACCAUGUCCAAUUAAAUGACGGUCAAGCGAUGUAUCUCCAAAAUGAUGGACCCCAAAAUUGUGACAUAGAAAGGUGCAGCUCUGCAAACUGUUCUACACUCACCUGCAAUGAACCGUGCCGGUGCGCGCAAAGCCCCAUCACGGAGAAACAGCCCUUCGGGGAAAAAGGGAAAAAAAACAAAAAGGGAACCAACGUAAAUUACAUAGUUCAUUAUAACAGGUAUAAACCGACGAGGGUACCUCCCACAUUUAACAAAGCCAAAAGUAAUAACCCCCCAGUGAUAAAAAAAAAUAAAAAUCAAUAUAUAAAUUGCAAUUUCAGAUAUUAUGUGAAGGAAAAAAAUUACUUAACACAAAGCGCAGAUGAGAAUAUAAAAUGGGAACAGAUCGAAAAAGUGGACUACAUUGUUUUUGACAAUACAACGUUAACAUGUCCUAUAUGUUUGGAGGACAAAAUAAUUUCGCCCAGAAUUACCAAAUGUAGACACAUAUUUUGUUUUUUCUGUAUUUUAAAAUAUUUCAUCGAUGAAAAAAAAAACAUGUGGAAAAAAUGUCCCAUUUGUUUUGAAAUAAUAAAUGAAAAUGACCUAAGAGCAGUCAAAUUUCACUACGUAAAAAAUUACAAAAUCAAUGACAGUAUUAAUAUGUGUCUGCUCUACACAGAGGAUAAAAAAAUCCACCUAAAAUCGGACAGACUGUAUUUCAAUAACACCUUUAAAGUAACAAAUAAAAAUUUUGUCAAAAAUAAUAAAACAAACGAUUAUAAAUACAUUCUUAAUAUAGAUUAUAUGAAUAAAAAUUUAAGUACCUUUUGUCAAAAUCACGCAAAUAAAAUUUCCAAAUUAAACCUCAAUUUGGGAAUUCAAUUUUCAAAACUUUUUUAUUUAUACAAUCCUCUCUCCAUAUGGAUAAAAGACCUCCACAUCUUUAACUUCAUUCUGACGAAUAAGAAAAUGCACUUGUUCGCGUCAGACGAGAAUGUCAUACAGAAGGCCAUAGAAAAUAUUAAGUUAAAAAUGAGUGAGUAUUUAAAUAUCCCCAUUGAAAAGGUGAAUCCUGAACUGUAUAUGGAUGAGGGGUCCUUUGACUCCUUUUACCUUUAUGACAAUUUGGCCCACGAUGUUUACGAUAGCAUUGAGCAAAUAAAAAAUGAAAUGAAGAUCGAAACGGAGCUAGCCAAGAACCAGAAAUCCCCACCACAGGAGAAAUGUCCACUCGGUUCAGAGAAGCCCACCGGUGAAGGUUCCCCGGAAGUGAAGCAUUUAAACCAGACCUACUUCUACCAGUGUAUAGAUGGGCAAUGCAUAUUCCUGGACCCCUUCAUUUUGAACUUACUUUUUUUCGAGUGUGACAACUCCAUGAACAGGAUGCCCAAGUUUCUCUGCAACAGGCAAAUCACCUACAUUGAGACCUUCGUGUUGGAUGAAAAAAUCAGAAAAAGGCACGCCAUUUUGUCCCACCUGCCGCUUGGCGUUAACGUCCUGUUCGUUUCGUUCAACAUAGAUGAUCUCCUAUCGGAAAGGACCAAAACGCAUUUUUCGAAGGAAAUAUCUGAGAGGAAGAAGAAGCACCAUUCUAUUUUGAGAAAAAAAAUGGAGGAGGAGAAAUACUUUAAACUACUAGCCGAGGAAGAAAUAGACAGGAAGGAGAAGCGCUACUGGAAUUUGCCCAGCAACACUAUAAACAUACAGAGCGACACCAUCAACAUAAGUUCCAGCAUAUUAAGGUAUCGAAACUUGUUGGACGAAGAAAAAUAUCUGCACGGGGAACUGGACGACGACUUGCUGGUAAAACAAAACGAACAUGCGUUUGUAGAGCAGCUUUUCGCAAAUGUAAAUUUGGAUGAUCAACCUGGGGAAAAUAACACAACGGGGGGGACAAAUAAUGGGCUAAAAGGGGGACCAAAAUGUGGUCCAAAAAAUGACCCCCCCGUAAAUUGGGACAACACCGAAUUGAUCAACGCAGCCGAUCCGAACGUCUGCCACAUUCCAAAGAGAAGUUUUCUUGAAAUAGCCAAACAGAAAAGCGACGCGGGUGACGUUAAAUCAGAAAUGGGGAAGAAGAAGGAAGAAAUGUUGUCCAUUGGUUCCGGAUCUGUUCACGUCAAUCUGAUUGAUUUGAUAAGCACCAAAACAGCUAAAAAGAAGAAGAGAAAAUAG